AUGAAUCGACGUUCAUUAAGUGCUGAGUCUUUACGUUCAUCGAAAAUACCUGUUCGUAAAUCUAAAUAUGCAUCAUCAAUAUCGAAAGUCUAUGAUCGAUGGACAAUAAUAUGUUUAGUUAUUGCAUCAAUAAAUAUAUUGAAUGCCUUAUGGAUGUUAAUUGCACCUGAACAUUGGUAUUAUAAUUUACCAGCUGGUGUACCUGAAUUCGGUCCAUCGAAUAUUCAUUUUAUACGUGAUAUUGGUUGUAUAUUUUUUCUUCUUGGUAUUGGACUUAUUUUUGCAGCAUUUUAUCAUUCCUAUCGGUUACCAUUAUUUACAAUGAAUACAGCAUUUUACGUAUUACAUAUGUUAGUACAUGUACAUGAAGUUGUUAGUGGACGAAUACGUUUAAGUAUGUUUUGGGUGGAUUUACCUGGCGUUUAUAUUCCAGCAGUUGUUUUUUUUAUAUUGAAUAUUUUUAUGAUAAAACAAUUUCAAAAUAAAAAGCGUGAUACGAUCUAUUAG